AUGAAUUGCUUCAGAACAUUAAACAAUACCUUCCUUAGGUUAAGACCUGCUUGUAUACAGUCUUUUCCUCACCACCAGUAUCGGGUUUUCAGCAAAAUGUCGACAGAGGUGAAAUUUGCUUCUAAGUUCUUAGAUAUUCCCGUUCAGGAUAAUGAACAAGCACCUGUAAAUGCUUUAUUUAAAGCUGCAUCUGAGAAAAAGCCAGAGUUGUUAGGAUCUAGCGAUUUUGAAAAAGCCCAAAUUUUCGAAUGGACAACCAAGGCUUUUUCAUCUGCCAACUCUCAAGAAAUUUUGGAGACGCUUAAUGAAUCCUUAAAAAACACUACUUUUAUUGCUCAAGAUGCUGGUAUUACACUUGCUGACCUUACCAUGUAUGUCCGUCUUCAUUCCGUUAUUUCUGGUCUAUCUGCCAAGGAGGGUUACAAGUUAAAUAGCGUUGCCCGUUGGUUUGACUUUAUUCAACAUCAAGAGGAUGUUAUGGAAACUGCCAAGAGUAUCGGUUUGGAGCUGGUUGCUGUGGAUUUGAAUGCCCCCAAAAUUCAACGUCCUACUGUCACUAAGAAGGACAAGAAGGAGGGCAAGAGCGAAGAAAAGCAGAAUGGAAAGGGAGAAAAGGCAGCUCAAAAGCCUUCUGGUGCUGAGAUCGAGGCUGCUAAAAAGGAAAAGCAAAAGAAGAAGGAGAAGAGCGAUAAGAAAGAAAAGAAGGAUAAGCCUCCUAAGGAAGCUCCCAAGGUUGAGGCUCCUGUUCCUUCUAUGAUUGAUCUUCGUGUUGGUUUCAUUGAAAAGGCCGUCAGACAUCCCAAUGCUGAUAGUUUGUACGUUUCCACAAUCCAUUGUGGUGAUGCCGAGGGACCCCGUACUGUUUGUAGUGGUUUGGUUAAGUAUAUUCCUUUGGAACAGAUGCAACAGCGUAAGGUUGUUGUAGUUGCCAAUUUAAAGCCCGUCAAUAUGCGCAGUGUUAAGUCCCAAGCUAUGGUUCUUUGUGCUUCUUCACCUGACCAUUCUGUUGUUGAGUUUGUGCUCCCACCUGAAGGUGCUGAGGCUGGUGACCGUCUUGCUUUUGAAGGCUUUGACAACACUGAACCUGAAUCUCAAUUGAAUCCCAAGCGUAAAGUUUGGGAAACUAUUCAGCCUGGCUUUUCCAGCGGUGAAGAUCUACUCUGCGGAUUCAAGAACGACCAAGGACUUCAUAAGUUAUUCGUCAAGGAUAAAAAGGAGCUUGGUUUCUGUAAGGCGCAAACUGUCGUCAACGGUACUUUGAGUUAA